AUGGGAAUAAAGGAGGCCUGCGCUUGUGAAGAUCAGCAUAUCACAAUUGACAUUCCAGAGGAUUUGGAACCCGACCUCAAUUCUUCAUGUUGGAUCCACAGAGUUCCAAGGAAGAUUCGGCAGCUAAAAGAAGAAGCCUAUACUCCCCAGCUAAUAUCUGUAGGGCCUUUUCACUACGGCAACCCGCAACUGAAAUCCAUGGAACACCACAAAACCAAGUAUCAAGACCAAUUCUGGAAAUGGGAUUUCUGUAAACACAUUGAGGUGGAUGAUAUCAAAGAUUUCAUGGAAGAUGGGGAUCGCCGGGAAAGCAUCCGGCGUAGCUAUGCAGGGACACUUGGGUUUGGGAAUGAUCCGGACCAGUUGUUCCAUGUGAUUCUAAGAGAUGCUUGCUUCAUCUUUGAGCUCUUCUUGAGAAACUAUGAAAUCUCAAAGUACGAUAAAGAUUAUAUAUCGAAAACUCCAUGGCUAAGGAAAGCUGUAGAGUUGGACUUGAUAAUGCUGGAAAAUCAGCUCCCUUUUUUUGUUUUCACUGAACGUUUCGACUUCAUCCUCCUAACAAAGCCACAAAAUAGUAAAGAAUUGGACAUGAAUAAUAGCCGUCCUUAUCCAUCCCAAAUCCGCGAGGAAAGUGAAGGGCACAAUUUCUUUCUAAAGAUAACCUGUGCUUUCUUCAUUGAUUAUUAUAGCCAUGGAAAGCUUCUGGAUGAGGAAAUAAGGUAUCCCAUUCAUGAUGGCAAUAUGAGCUGUCUCUACACUGCAAAGCAACUAGAUGGUUCAGGGGUGAACUUCGUGCCACGUAAGGAUCAACGCUUAGCCGACAUAAAGAUAGAACAGAGUACACAUAAGUGUAUGCCUUGGAAAUCUUUGAAACUGGAAGUCCCCGAAUUCAAGGUAGAAGACGAUACUGAAUGCGUCAUGAGAAACAUUAUGGCGUUGGAGCAGUGUGUUUAUCCAUUCGAGACUUAUAUCUGCAAUUAUGUUUCUUUUUUGGAUCAACUAAUCAACACAGCUGAAGAUGUAGAAUUGCUGGUUGAGAAGAAAGUGGUUCAUAACUUGCUUGGUAGCAACGAUGCAGUAGCAGAUUUGAUUAACAAGCUUUGUGACUAG